CCCGAGUAGAAAUCUUAAUCCACCGCCUUGUUGUGCCUUUUUUCUCGGCUGCACUGAAACCAGGAGGUGUCUCACGGAGCGACUCGAGUCCCAGCGUUUGGAGAGGCGGCCCACAAAGCGACGCCGACUUUUCUUGUGCUCAGGCAUUCCUAAGGCAACCAAGAUCUCAACCUCCUCGGCUCGGAAAGGCGGAGCCUCGCCUUUGCUGCAGGUGGAAUGUGGAGUGUUGGGAGCUGCCAUGCGGAAUCGUGGAGGAAGCUACCCAGUCGGGGAUCCCAGGCUGAAGCAAAGAGUCAAGCAGUACCUGAGCAGUAAUAAAUGUGGCCAGUAUGUCGACAUUGGAAUUUUGGCAGCAGAUCUACAGAAAACUUACAGUGCUGAUUAUGGACGAAGAAAAAGAAAUGCUUUUAGAAUACAAGUUGAGAAAGUUUUUGGUUUAAUCAAUGAUGAGCUAAAGACAGAGGCUGUAGCGGCUCUCGAAGAUGAACAUCUGGCAAAGAAAGCAAGACUCAAAAAGGACGAAGAUGAGUCAGAAAGCUGCGUGGAUACCUCAGACACUGACACAGAUCUACCACCCUCAAAUCAUAUGAACGUGUCUUUGCUGACCUUAUACCGGAAAGGAAAUCCAGAUUCUGCACCAGCAUCACCUAAGGAUGUGCUGACCAAGUCCGACUCUCCUUCGCAUGGGACAAUAGCUGGAUCAAAUACAGUUCUCCCCCGAGUACCACCUGAUACCAGGAUUUCAGAAGGUGGAUGGUUUAUUGAUAAAACCCCAGACAGAAAAGAAGAUAACUUUUUUAUUGAUCUUUGUGCUGAAGAAGAGAGUGAUGGGUCUAAACAAAUACCUGAGAACACAAAUGAUAUAUCCUUUCUGGAGACUUCAAGAAAAAAACACAGGAGCAAAAGAUGUAAAAGGAGGAAAGGAGAAUCUCAGGAUGUAGAUGAAGAAAUAGAAUCUGCUUUGAGGAAACAGAAAGUAAAACAGAAAGGAGUGGAGUUGCGGACAUCUUCAGUGAAGUUUGAGGAUGUGGGAGGCAAUGAUGAGACACUGAAGGAGGUGUGCAAGAUGCUGAUACAUAUCCGUCAUCCUGAAGUGUACGAUCAUUUAGGAGCUGUUCCACCUCGAGGAUUUCUCUUACAUGGACCGCCAGGAUGUGGAAAGACAUUACUGGCACAGGCAAUUGCUGGGGAACUUGAACUGCCAAUGCUCAAAGUAGCUGCUACUGAGAUUGUGUCUGGUGUCUCAGGAGAGUCGGAACAGAAGCUGAGGGAGCUGUUUGAUCAAGCUGUGGCCAAUGCGCCAUGCCUUCUCUUCAUAGAUGAGAUCGAUGCUAUCACACCCAAGAGAGAAGUUGCCUCAAAGGACAUGGAACGGAGAAUUGUAGCCCAGCUUCUGACUUGCAUGGAUGACUUGAAUAAUCUGGCUACAGCUGCUCAGGUCCUGGUGAUUGGAGCUACCAACAGGCCAGAUUCACUGGACCCAGCCCUGAGACGCGCAGGAAGAUUUGACCAAGAGAUUUGUUUGGGGAUUCCAGAUGAAGCAGCCAGAGAAAAAAUUCUGAAGACUCUGUGUCGAAAACUUAGACUCCGCGAAUCUUUUGACUUUGGCUACUUGGCUCGUAUGACGCCAGGCUAUGUCGGAGCUGAUCUUAUGGCACUCUGCCGAGAGGCAGCCAUGUGCUCUGUGAAUAGAGUCCUUGUUCAGCUGGAUGGGAAGAAACCUGAAGUCAUGAGAAGUGAAGAAGGAGUAUGUGGCAAAGAUAAGGAAAGAAGUGUGGAAGAGCUUGCAAAAAGGAACGCUGAAAAGCCAGAUCUUCCCACUAAAGCUGAAUUGCAAAGACUGCUCAGCUUGCUAAAGGAACCAGACCCACUGAAGGAGGAGCAUCUGGAAAAGCUUUGGAUCGAGCUGAAUGAUUUCACUGCAGCCCUCUCUACAGUGCAACCUUCAGCCAAAAGGGAAGGCUUUGUCACAAUCCCAGAUGUGACAUGGGCAGAUAUAGGAGCCCUGGAAGACAUUCGGGAGGAGCUCACCAUGGCAAUAUUGGCUCCUGUGAGGAAUCCUGAGCAAUUCAGAGCCCUUGGCCUCACAGCUCCAGCCGGUGUGCUGCUUGCUGGUCCUCCUGGCUGUGGCAAAACUUUGCUUGCUAAGGCUGUGGCAAAUGAGUCUGGACUGAACUUCAUUUCAGUGAAAGGCCCAGAAUUGUUGAACAUGUAUGUAGGGGAAAGUGAGCGUGCUGUACGCCAGGUUUUCCAACGUGCAAGAAAUUCAGCACCUUGUGUCAUAUUCUUUGACGAAAUUGAUGCUUUAUGUCCUCGAAGAUCAGACCGUGAGUCAGGUGCCAGCAUUCGUGUAGUGAACCAGUUGCUAACAGAGAUGGAUGGACUGGAGUCUCGUCGUCAGGUUUUCAUUAUGGCAGCCACCAACAGGCCAGAUAUUAUUGAUCCAGCUAUUUUGCGCCCAGGAAGAUUGGAUAAAACACUCUAUGUUGGUUUGCCGCCACCCACGGAUCGCCUUGCUAUUUUAAAGACGAUCACUAAAGAUGGAACCCGACCUCCACUUGACACUGAUGUGGACCUUGAAGAAAUUGCUCAUGAUCCCUGCUGUGAUUGUUAUACGGGUGCAGAUCUUUCAGCUCUAGUACGGGAAGCUUCUGUCUGUGCCUUGAAGCAGGAAAUGGCAAUGGCCAGUACCAGAAAUAGGACAGGAGAAAUCAAGAUUGCUAAAAAACACUUUGUAGAAGCUUUCAAGAAAGUAAAAUCUUCUGUAUCAAGAAAGGACCAAAUAAUGUAUGAAGAGCUGCGCCAGUCAUUGAGCAGGUAACAGCUGGAUGACCGUCUGAGAUCAACAUACUGCUUACCAAGAGUUCUGCUAGACCGUUUCCUAGAAGCCCUUUUGUGAAGCAUAAUUUUCCCUCCACUUUUGUUUAAUCUCGGAAUUGCUGGACUUUUUCUAAAAGGAGCUCUGUGUUGCAAUCAUUUGACAUAUGGUCCCUGCUUGCUGUGUUAGAAAUGGGCACCUUGUCCUUCACAUUUUGAAUGUUAAAAAACCUUCCAUCUUGAUGCAUUGAUUUGAUUCUCUCAGUAUCCCACUUAUAAACAGUCUUUUAGCUAGAAGCAGUAAAGGGGAAAGUACCUUAUUUUCCCUGUAAAUAAGCAUUACAUCAUUUGGAAAAGCCUGCCAGCUUUCUUUAAAAAUGCAAUGUUUCUCACCUUACAAAUUCACAGAAUAAAGUUGUUCAGGAGUAUGUUUUGUUUUUAUUGAGCAGUGUCCUUUGACACUGCCUGACAUUCUGUAGUGUAGCUUUCAAGUAUCCUGAAAACAUGAGGUAAUAGGAAAAAGCAGGGGUGGGAAGUGAGAUUGCUUCUAUAAAUGAAAAGGUAGUUAAGAGUGGCUAAAGAAGGACCCUAGCCCAAGUCUACAGGGUCUGUGCUUGUGGCUAAUGAGGCUGACAAUGCAGGGAGUAUCCUCAGGUUUGUGGGAUCAGUUCUGCUGGAUAUUUUUCUUUUCUUUUACUAGAACCUUGAGAUGUAUCUGAGGUACUUAAGUAGUGUGUUUCAUCUUCACAUCUUUUUCCAGGUAAGAACAUGAUGAAAUUCUUAGACGUAGCACACAGCUCCUUUAUCAUGGUUCAUUUCCACAAAGCUUGCCUAACAUUAGGAGGUAGAGCACUAGUAACGUGAAUUUAGAUCUUUAUUUCCCCUAUGAUUAGUAGAAUUUGCAUCAUUGGCACUCCAACCUAUCAACAAAACCAAACCCAACAUUCUUAAAGAUAUCCACUUCCCCACUGCAAAAAAGUGUAACCAUUUUCUGGCUAAACUGGAUGCUAGGUUUCAGUACAGUAAAUACCUACUUAGCAAGUGUACAAAGUUUAGAAUUCCCACAUGUGAUGUGAUCCUAUUUUCUUCAAACUGCUAUUUGAAUUAGGCUCUUGUGUUAAGCUGCCUUGGCACUUUAUGUUGAUAUUACAUUCCUGACAUCAGGUUCCUAACCAGGCAUUUCUCAAACAACUCUGUAUGUAGUGGUUAGAACUGGACAGGCAAAAAAUGCACACAAUAUAGGAAGCAUGUGACAGAACUUAAAAUUUAUCGGUAUAUUCUCUCUAUUGAAACAAAUACAGAAGUUGGGGCAAUGAGCAAGGUGCUCUUCAAUGCUUUUAUAACCUGGACCAGCCAACCUUUGUGUGAAGUGCUAAAUGAUUACAACAGUUUCCAUCUGACUACUGUAUACAAUACUGUGGCAGAGAACUUCAUGAGCUUAAUAUCUUAGUGAAACUUCUUGUGAAAAGUUGCUCACAAUGCAUCAAACGUGUGCUGCAUGAACUGGAAAUACUACUAUACAGACUAUAAUACUUGCAUAUUAUACCAUGAGUUGCAAGGCAAUAAAAUGGAAAGUUAUUCAUUUAAAUAGUGAACAGAAAUGUGAUACACACUAAGAAAAUUAUAUUUUAACAGCUUGUUAGCAGGGUUGGGUCAUCACACUCCACAAGUUAUGAAGGAAUAUAAUGUAGUUUGUGAAAUUAAAAGCAAAGAGGUGGGCAUGCUACAGGCAGUGCACUCCCCACUCAUCCUGGAUAGACCAGUCUUUAUUUAACCCAUGGAUUGUCUUUACAUGUGAACAAACCUAUAAAGCCACAGAAUGGACUCACGAACAGCUUGAGAAAGUUUACCCAAUUAAGAAAGUUUCUAAACUUCAAGGCAUUCCGCCUGUCUCAGAUGACCCAACAGCAUGAGCAACUUCCAUUGUUCUUAUGCAUGCACACAAAUACAUAGAAAGAGAAGGAACACAGCCAAUUUUAAUUGUAUUAUGCCUAAGGAAUGUACAGCUGGUAUUUUAUAUCCAAUUACUUGGCAUGACUAUUUUGGAGAAAAGAACACUAGCAUGCACCAAAGGCUCUGGUACUUUUUAUAACAUUUGUAAUAUAUACACCAACUGAGUUAGCACUUGGAUUGGUGCAAUUUAGGGGUGGUGCCACAAGGCAUUUUGUUCAUUUACUAUAUUACUAUAUUAGAACAAUGUUGCAAUUUAACUAGAACGUAAUUUAAAUUAAGCUUUGUUAACAUUAAAAGCCAGUGGGGCAUCAAGUAUAAUCACAA